UUCAGGGUCUCGCCGUACAUCUCGCCGGUCAGCCCCUUUUGCCUUCCUCCCCAAGCCUGCUCUACCGUCGUCUCUCUUUUUAGUUCCACCGCCAGCCGCCACCAAUAUCGGAGCUCAGAGGUAACAGAGAGAGAACGAAACCGACUUAAAGAAUCAUCUUUAAGGUACCCAAAGAAACGCUAGGGGAGAAGAAGAAGAGAAGGCAUCACCAUCGCCAUGGCCAGAUAUGACCGCGCCAUCACUGUCUUCUCUCCUGACGGUCACCUCUUCCAGGUGGAAUACGCCCUCGAGGCCGUCCGCAAGGGCAACGCAGCCGUGGGCGUCCGCGGCACCGACGCCAUCGUUCUCGGCGUCGAGAAGAAGGCCACCCCCAAGCUCCAAGAUUCCAGAUCGGUGAGGAAGAUCGUGAGCCUGGACAACCACAUCGCGUUGGCCUGCGCUGGACUCAAGGCCGACGCCCGGGUGCUCAUCAACCGGGCCCGCAUCGAGUGCCAGAGCCACCGCCUCACGGUGGAAGACCCCGUCACCGUCGAGUACAUCACCCGCUACAUCGCUGGGCUGCAGCAGAAGUUCACCCAGAGUGGCGGUGUAAGGCCCUUCGGCCUCUCAACCCUCAUCAUCGGCUUCGAUCCCUACACCGGGGUGCCCGCCCUCUACCAGACGGAUCCCUCGGGUACCUUCUCAGCCUGGAAGGCCAAUGCCACCGGGAGGAACUCCAACUCUAUGAGGGAGUUCUUGGAGAAGAAUUACAAGGAGACUUCUGGGCAGGAGACAGUGAAGCUGGCAAUCCGAGCACUGCUUGAGGUUGUUGAGAGUGGAGGAAAGAACAUAGAAAUUGCUGUGAUGACAAGAGAGACAGGUCUUCGUCAACUUGAUGAAGCUGAAAUUGAUGCGAUUGUUGCUGAAAUUGAAGCGGAGAAAGCUGCAGCUGAGGCUGCUAAGAAGGCCCCAUCCAAGGAAACUUGAUGUUGGAUGUUUUUGUGAAAUCCAGGAGCCUUUUUGUUUUCCGUUGCUUGUUCUUUAUAUUCCAAAACCUUUUAUUUUAGUUGUGUGCUGGAUGCUGGGGUAAGAUAGCAAACUCAAACUUUUUUCUAGUCAGGCCUGGUUUUCAUGACUGACAUUUUUAUAUAUGACAUACCAAAAUAUGUUGUCAAUUCCUCCA